AUGACUUCUUCGUACGAGCGCAUCAAGUCGGAGUGCAAGCAGAAGGCCGUCCUGUGGGAGGAUGAGGACUUCCCGGCGACACAGUCGUCCGUGUUCUACCACCAGACGCCUCCGUUCACGUUCGCGUGGAAGCGACCGCACGAGAUCGUCUCGAACCCGGUGUUCGUGAACGAUUCCACGGCCCAGUUCGAUAUCGUGCCGGGCAAGAUGGGUGACCGGUGGCUCGUGUCCUGCCUGGGCGUGCUGUACCUGUCCAAAGGGCUGUUCUACCGCGUGGUGCCGGCCGACCAGAACUUUGACAAGCCGUACUACGGCGUGUUCCGCUUCCGGCUGUGGUGGUGCGGCGAGUGGCUCGAGGUGCUGGUCGACGACCGGUUGCCGACCAUCAACGGGAAGCUGGCGUUCCUGCAGGCCCAGAACUCCAACUCCUUCUGGCCGGGUCUGCUGGAGAAGGCGUACGCCAAGCUGCACGGAUCGUACGAGGCGCUCAAGUAUGGCACCCUGCUCGACGGGCUGGCCGAUCUGACCGGGGGCAUCACCGAGUCGAUAUCGAUCAAGGCGGACAGCAACAUACUGAUACGGCCACCGUUACUACACAAUCUGCUCGACACGACCAGCAUCCUGACGUGCACGAUCAACAAUGGGAUUGUGUCCCAGAUACGCAACCAAACCGAGGCCCAACCGAACGGUAUCCACAUCGGCAUCAACUACCGGCUCUGCUCGAUGGACAAGGCAGAAACCAUCAUGGGCGAUACGGUGCAGCUGGUACGGCUGCGCAACCCGCUGGCCCAGACCCUUAGCAAGUCGGCCAACUUUAACGGCGACUGGUCGUCCUUUUCCGGCUCCUGGGAGCGCGUCACGAUAAACGAGCGGAACCGUCUGAUCGAGCAGCUUGACCAGGGCGAGUUCUGGAUGUCGUUCUUCGAUAUGACGCAAACGUUUACCCACCUCGAGUGUGUCCACCUCGACUCGGACACGGCCCGGGACGAGCCGCAGCUGGCGGACAAGAGCCGGCGCUGGCUGAUGCGGCUUUACCAGGGCACGUGGAAGCGCGGCGUUACGGCGGGUGGCUGCCGGAACAACCCGGACUCGUUCCACAUCAACCCCCAGCUACAGCUGUUUCUGAGCGAAAAAGAGGACGUCAUCAUCUCGGUCAACCAGCACAGUGUGCUGGAGCCGAAAGUGAUCGGCUUCACGGUGUACAAUCUCAACAGUGUGCAAAAUAUCAACGGAUGCCUGUCGAAGAACUUCUUCAAGAAGCACAAAAGCUUAGUCAACUCGCAGUACACCAACUCGCGGCAGAUCAGCCACCGGUGUUCGCUCGAUCCGGGCCGCUACCUCAUCAUGGCCACCACGUUCGAGCCGGCCGAGGAGGCGUCGUUCAGUGUGCGCGUCCUCGGCAGCACCAUCCGGCUGGCGCUGCUCGAAACCCAAACGAUGCUGCUGCUCGAUCCGUUCCCGCUGCUCAACUCCAACACGAAGGUGACGAUCGACUCGGCGAACAACAAUAACAACAAUAACAACAACAACGGCGUGGCCUGUAGCACGGCCCAGUACGAACCGGUCUUCAUGCAGCUGGCCGACGACCAGCGGACACUGAACUGUUUCGAUCUGCAGGAGCUGCUCGAAGCGUGCCUCCCGAAUGACUACAUUCGCAGCUGUGCCAGUAUAGACGUUUGCCGGCAGGUCGUCUGCCUGAUGGAUAAAUCCAACCGAGGCCGCAUAAAUUUCAACGAUUUCAACAAAUUCAUGAUCAACCUGAAAACCUGGUGGGGUGUGUUCAAGAUGCACACGAAGGAAAAGUCCGGCAUCCUGAAGGCGGAGCGGUUGCGGGACGCGCUGUUCGAUGUGGGCUUCCAGCUGAGCACCGACAACAUUUCCAUCCUGAUCUUAAGGUACAUGCGACGGGAUGGAACGCUCCGGUUGGCCGACUUCAUAUCGGCCAUUCUGCAUCUCACCAUGGCGUUCGAGUUGUUCAAGGCCAAGGACACGAACCAGGAUGGGGUGAUCAGCAUGGGAAUGACCGAGUGGAUCAAGUCCGUCUUCAUGUGCUGAGCGAGUGGCGCAGACCUCAUAACGUAAAAUGUAUUACAUAGCUUUUAACGGCCGCGCUGUAGGUGAUGUUCUCCCUCCGCGCGCAUCACCCACGAAAGCCAUGACACAGCACGGGGGAGAUCGCGAAAGUAAACCGUCUCACGCGUCACUGGAAACAAUCUACCAUCUAUGCAAAUAAGCUCAAUAGUGGUUAAGUGUUAACAGAUAACUGGUAGUCACUUAAGCAGCCUGACCUUUACUGUAAAUUACUAUACCGUCCACGGGUGGUGUGCGUUCGAAAGAUAGUCGACACCCGUAUGCGAUCAGUUCUGAACUGUUCUUGAGGGUACCAGAAGCGAAGGGAACCUUUCCAUCCUCCUAGUAGGUAUUAUCACAUAUGUCCAAUAGUAUU